UCCCGGGGCGGCCGCAGGGCCGCCCCUGCCGGCCGCGCUCCCCAUGGCGGCCGUGGCGGGGGCCGGGGGUGCGGGCGGCGGCGGCUCAUCGGCUGCGCUGGGCGACGGCGGCGCCAUCGACUACUCGGUGCACGAGGCGUGGAAUGAGGCCACCAACGUGUACCUGCUGGUGGUGCUGGCCAGCCUCGCCCUGCUUGUCUACGCGCGGCGGAACAAGAGGAGAAUUAUGCGCAUCUUCACCCUGCCCCCAGCCGCCGAGACUCCGCCCGAGCCCAACUUUUACGACAGCAUGAAGAAGAUCCGCCUGCGGCAGCAGCUGGAGAUGUACUCCAUCGGUGUCAUGAUGAGGAGCUUCUCAGAAACAGAAGUGGAUGAUGAGUGGAGAUGAAGAAAUCAUACAUUUAAGAAGUUGGCUCAAGUUUCCGUUACAGGCAUGGAAAGUUUCUGAGACCAAGCCAUGCGAGAAGAACAUGAGUAAAGAAGAGGGAGAUGUAGACCCAGACUUUCUAGAAGGGAUUGCAGGAUUUGAGAGGACGCUGCACAAACGUCACGUAGUUUUCUGGUUUAUUCAUUUGCCUGCGCCCCUGGAUUGUAAUACUUUGUUUGCAUGUCUGUUUGGAAGUUGAAAAAUCCCCUCCCAUCUGUGUCUUUAAUAUAAUCAUGACUUCAAGCUUGUUUUAGGAAGAGCAGAACAUCACUGUAGCUUUUAUUUGUGGAUUAGAUAGCUGCUGCUUUGUACUUGAAAUCAGUUUUGGUUUUUUUUGUAGAAACAUACAUUGAAUAUGGAAAAGAUCAGACCAUGACCAUUACCAUUACGAUAUAGGAAGUCAGGGGUUUUGCUUGCAUUCGAUAAACAGCCUUUGCAUAAAAGGUGUGACAGGUGCAUAGGUAAAAGAAAAAAGACAGUGCUAGCCCUCUAAUUUGAAUAACCUUAUAAUGUGUUGCUCUUACGCUGUCCUUCGACAGAUGUCAGAAUCAAAUAUUAAUCAGUUCAUUCUUUUUUAUUUGACUGUUGACCAUAAAAAUGUUUUAGACAGAUAAGAUUUCUUGUCAGGGCUGUGGGGUUUUAAGUGCAUAUUACAUAGUAUGUAUAGAGAGAGUUAGGGGAGAGUUUUUUGGAGAGGUAGUUUUUUAAAUAUCUUGGCUGUUACGUGAAGUAUCUCCAAGGACAUACUAUCCAUGCAGUCCAACAACUUAACGGUGCUGUGAACGGACUUAAUUGUAGUAAUUUAAAAAUUUAAAUUUAUGCAUAUUUUCCUUUAUUGAACAGUAUUGCUCAUAGAGACAAAGAGCAGCUUUAUUUUUCUUACGAACGCCUAUCUGGUGUUUUAUCCUUAAGAAAAGCUCUGGUUAUUUUUGUAUACUGACUGAAUAUUUGGCCUCUAAUAGUAUAUAAUUAGAUGGAAGAGUAAAAGCAGUUGUUAAAGAACUGUUUUUCUAAUGAAAAUAGUUUGAAAUCAUAUAAUUUUAGUUUCUUCUGAAAAGAUGUGACUAGUGUGUUGGAAAUAAUUUUAUAGUGGAUAUAAAGGGAACAAUUGAGAGACAGCGGCUGAGAAUGUGUCCAGCUAUUUUUGUAGCUAACAGUUACAUUUUUUCAGUCUUUUUACUUAUAUAUUUCCAUAUAGUUAAACAACUAAAUCACAAUGGGAUACAAAAACUAUUUGCACAUAGUAAUAUUUAUAUUUUAAAAUAAGUUUUAUUUACCAAUUGAUAAGUAAAUUGCAAUGCCUGUGAGAAAAUCCUAGCCUAUAUUAUUACUUUGAUAGAAAAUUGAAUAUGGGAUAGUAUUGUCUGUAUCAUAUAAAAAUGUUUUUAUGGAUUUUUAGCUGCUGAAACUGAAAUCAAUAAACUUUAGCUACUGUUGUUGACUGGAACAAGUAAA